CGCGCGCGUUUAUUUUCAUUUGUUUUAGACUCAAUUUAUUUAGUUUUUUGAAUGUAAAUAGUAUUUAAAAUUAACGUUGCUAUUAUUUAAUAAAAUGCCUUAUUCUAUGAUACGGCACUUACGCCGAACAGUGCUAUUAUCUCACCAAAUACGAACCGAAAGCACUAUGACUAAUUUAACUCAUGAAGAUUACCUUAUUCGACCUCCAAUAACACAAUGGAGCAAGAUAAUUAGAGAAGCAGAGAAAAUUGUUGGAUAUCCAACCUCUUUUAUGAAUCUGAGAUGGCUACUUAGUGACGAAUUCGCUAACAUGGCCAUGCAUUUACGCAAAGUGGUGAACAGUAAUCAUCCGUUAAUGAAAACAGCAAAAUCGGUCCUUUAUAAUGAACAUAACAACCUACAACCAUGGGGCUUAGUCAUCUUACUUUUAUCAAAAGCGGUGAACCCACCAAUGUCACCCUUACAGGCAAACAAAGUUAACGAAAGCCAACGCAACCUUGCAGAGCUAACUGAAAUGAUCCGAACAGGUCACUCCGUACACAGAGGACUUCUAAACAUACCAAGAGGAAAAUAUAAAGAUUUCGAUACAGAAUUAUUCACUAAUAAAAUAGCAAUAUUAAUCGGUGACUACUUACUUGUUACUGCUAAUGGAAUGUUGGCGCGUUUAAAAAAUCAAGAUUUAUCAUAUUUAAUAUCAACCGCAUUAAGGGAUAUAAGUGAAGGUGAGUUCUUCGGAGAUAGAGACGUUCAAAACUUACCUUUACCCGGUAAACCGUUAAGUAUGUUGGAUAUUUACGAAAUAAAUAGUAAUACAAUGCCGUUUGAUGUAAAAAAUGUAUUAGGAUCACCAACAAAAGAGUGGACAUUAAGAACUUUGUAUGGUGGUGGAAGUUUAUUCGGUAGAGGGUGUGAGGGUGCGGUUUUAUUAGCUGGUAGAAAUAAAAAAGACCAAGAAAGGGCAUAUCUACUCGGCUCCCAUUUAUGUUUAGUUUGGCAAGCUGCGAGUGAUUUACAGAAAUUUAAUACAGAUAAUAAAGAUUCCUUCUCUUUAGUUAGUGCGCCUGUAUUAUUCGCGGUAAAUGAAUCGCCUGAUAUUUAUAAGGAAAUAGAGAAAUAUAAAAAUGAUUUAAGAGAACUCGAUUAUGAUGCACUUAAGGGUUGUGUAUUGAAAACUAAUGCGAUCGAACAAACGAGAACAUUGUUGUCAACUAAUUCUAAGAUAGCAGCUAGGUAUGCGGAUAUGUUUGGUAAUUGUGAAUCAAUCAGUACAAUAAAAAGAUUAAUGGAAACAUUGUUAUAGCCCUUUAUGUUAGGAAGAAUGUCCACAAAGAUAUUUAAUGAAUAAAAAAAUAUAUUUUUAUAGUUGUAACAAUGUUUUGGGUGACACACAUCAGGGAACUAACUGCUAGUGUGUCACCCAAAAUAAAUAUAAUAUAAUAAUAAUAGUUUCUUAUGAGAUAUAUUUUUUUAAUGUAGCUCAUAAGAAACUGUUAUUAAUUAUUUAUUUUUUAUUUAUCAAACACCUAAGUGGACAUUAGAAUUGUGUUAAUAUUAGAAACUAAGUAAGUCUGUGAACAUAUUAGUACAAAGUUUAAGAAAGAAGUGUAAAAAAAUUACAGGAUUUAGUUUAAGAUUACUUGAUACUAGUUGUCGCUCGCGACUUCGUCCGCGUGCAAUUUAAAAAUAAUGAAAAACACCUAUGUUACUCACAGAUAAAUUACC